CUUAUUGUAUUAUUGUUUAGCAGUUAAUAGAGUUUGACUCCAAUGUUGAGACAUUCAAGUGAAGAGCUAAACAACAAUUGAAACUAAUAUUUGUGACAAUAUUUUUGAUGAUAUUUAGCACAUUGUCUAAGACAUCACUUUACUGUACAUUACCUCUAUUGUUGGCCACUGUAUUGUACCGAACAAUGGCCUGGAGAUCACACGGCAGAAACAAUGCAGAGAUGAUUAUGAAUCUGAAAAAGAAUGGUAUCAUCAGAGAUGGUAGAGUCGAGAGAGCCAUGAGUAGUGUUGAUCGGUCUAACUAUUGUCCAAUCAAUCCAUAUAUGGAUUCACCACAAACUAUUGGAUACGCUGUCACUAUCAGUGCUCCUCAUAUGCACGCUCACGCUCUUCAAUGUCUUAAAGAUAAUUUGGUCGAAGGGGCCAAAGCAUUGGAUGUCGGCUCGGGUUCGGGAUAUUUGACGGCUUGUAUGGCAUUAAUGGUUGGUCCAAGUGGUAAAGCCAUUGGUAUUGACCACAUCCAAGAAUUAGUAAAUUUAUCGAUUGAUAAUAUAAAGAAAGAUCAGCCAAACCUUAUUGAGUCCGGAAGAGCCAAAUUGAUUGCUGGCGAUGGAAGGCUUGGGUAUCCAUCUGAAGCACCUUAUGAUGCCAUACAUGUCGGUGCCGCUGCUCCUGUUCUUCCACAAGCUUUAGUGGAUCAAUUAAAACCUGGAGGUCGACUCAUUAUUCCAGUUGGUAGAGAAGGUUAUAAUCAGAUGUUGGAGCAAAUUGACAAACUGUCCGACGGUUCAAUCAAACGCGAAACACUUAUGGGUGUUAUAUAUGUACCCUUGACUGAUAAAAAUUCUCAAUGGCCCGGGAGGUGA